GCUUCAAAGCUACCGCCACCUAAUCUUCAAAAUGGCGGGUGGCCACCACAAUCCCCAAGCGAUCCACAUGGAUCCCGCACUCAUAAAAUGGAACAACAUGACGGUCAACCGACACAAGUACUUCCGCUGGACGCCGCGAACAGCGUGGAUCUCUUUCGCGUACGUCAUCCUCGUGCCGGGUAUACUCGGUGUUGCUGGAUACAUGACGGAGGGCAAGUGGGAGAUGCGCGGCAAAAGGAGGGGUGAUAUGAUCUCAGAGUUCUAGACGCCGGGAUAGGAAGGGGGCAUGAUCAGGGCUGCAAUACAGAAUAGGGAUGGUUGUAUAUACAUGGAAUUGCACCGAAAUCUGGCAGGAAUGAUGGUCUUUGCAUGUUCCUCAUGGGAAUGAGACACUGCAUGUGUGCAAGCAGUGUGACGUGCUCAUGCGGAUGGCCCUGUUUGCUCUUUUUGGUCACGUCAUUCGAAUUGAAUGGUUGGUAUCAACUGCGAUGCUAACUGAAUGCUUGGACGAG